AUGGCCGAACCCGGGCCAAAGGAGGAGGGGCUCGUUGAGAAUGUCAAGAAGGGAAAAAUCGGUGCCAAAGACAAGCUCAUGAAAGACCUCACGGCUAAACUUGAAGAGUCCAAGAAUCUGGAAGAAAAAUCUCUAGACCUCCGUAAGAAGGCCGAGGAACUGGAAAAGGAACAUCCCGAAGAGGCGGAGAAGAUGCGGGCCGAAGCCGGGGAACUGGAGCAGAAGGCUAAGAAGCUGAUCCGCAUGGCCCAGCGCAUGCAAAGCGGUGUCUUCCAGGGUGGUGCGGCCGGUGCGGGCAUCGGUGCUGGUGUAGCUGGUGGACUCGGCACUCUCGUGGGGUCCAUCGUCGGUGGCGUUACCGCCAUACCCACCACUGCCGUCGGCUUGCUGGUCGGGGCCGGCACCGGCGCCAUUCACGGUCCUUGGGUCAAACUCGUCGAUGAUACCGUCAAGGAAGAGGAGGCUGAAGCACAAAAAGGCGGAGAGAAGUCCGAUGCCGAAUGA